AUGAACGUGGUCUUCAUCCGCAAAGUCAGAUACACCACGUGGCUGGAAAACGUGGUAUUGGUCAAGAAGAGCUCGGGAAAGUGGUGCAUGUGUGUCGACUACACCGGCCUCAACAAGGCGUGUCCCAAAGACUCAAAUCCCCAGCCGAGCAUCGAAAGGUUGGUUGAUGGUGCCUCCGACCAUGCUCUCCUCAGCUUCCUCGAUGCAUACUCAGGGUAUAAUCAGAUCAUAAUGUACCCACCAGACGAGGAGCACACAGCCUUCAUCACCGACCACGUAAAUUUCUACUAUCGCGUGAUGUCUUUCAGCCUCAACAACGCGAGAGCUACUUAUCAAAGGCUGAUGGACAAAGUUUUUUACCAACAGAUUGGUCGAAACAUGGAAGUCUACGUCGAUGACAUGGUUGUCAAGACCACCUCAGCCGAGGAUCAUGUCGCCGACUUGGCCGAGGUGGGCAUUGAAGCCAACCCAGAGAAGUGCAAAGCUAUUAUCCUACUACAGAGUCCCCAGACUGUCAAGGACAUCCAACGCUUGGCAGGACGGUUAGUCUCUCUCUCCCGUUUCAUCCCCAGGUUGGCAGAGAGAGCAAGGUCCAUCUUCACCUUGCUGCAGAAACCCAAGAACUUUGAGUGGACCGAGCCGUGCGAAGAAGCUUUCAAAAGCUUCAAAGUUUUCCUCACAACUCCACCAAUCCUUCAGAGGCCAAAUCAUCACGCCGACCAACUUCUUUACUUGGUCGUGGCAGAGGGUGCAAUCAGUGUGAUCAUAGUGCAAGAACACCAAAAGGUGGUCGUCAAAACUGACUACCCAAUUAAGCAGAUCUUGAGAAAGCUGGAGCUCGCCGGGCGUAUGAUAGCAUGGUUAGUGGAGUUAUCUGAGUUCGGCAUCCAAUAUGAAAGUCGAGGCCCCUUGAAAGCUCAGUGCCUAGCAAAUUUUGUGGCUGAACUCACCCCAACCUCGGCUGUAGAACAACAGGUAUGGACUUUACACGUCGAUGGAUCCUCCAAUUCUAAAGGUGGUGGUGCAGGUAUCAUUUUGGAGGGACCAAAUAAAAUCACCGUAGAGCAAUCUCUCAAAUUUGGCUUCAAAGUGACCAACAACCAAGCAAAGUACGAAGCGUUACUAGCAGGAUUGAGGUUGGCACGCGACCUCGGAGCACAGUGGAACGCCAGGGCUGACCUCCUAUCCAAGCUUGCCAGUACGAAGCGCCCUAGACAACAUCGGACCAUCAUCCAGGAGACCCUGAAUUCACCCAGUCUAAACGAGAAAGUCGUCAACACUAGUGAUGGUGGAGACCAAGGAUGGAUGACGGGCAUUUGGAACUACUUAAAGGAGGGAACUCUACCCGAAGAUAAGGAUAAAGCUCGCAAAAUGAGGGUAAGGUCAGCCAAAUUCAUCAUCAUUGGAGACGAACUGUUCAAACGCGGCAUCUCCACUCCUCUGUUAAAAUGCUUAGCAAGGUCCCAAGCCACCUAUGUCAUCGUGGAGAUCCACCGAGGGAUAUGUGGUUUGCAUUCCGGGGCACGAUCGAUGACGCCCAAGGAAAUCCCUUACAGGUUGACCUAUGGAGCUGAUGCCAUAAUCCCGGUGGAGGUCGGCGAGAUGUCUCAUCGACGUCAUGUCUUCAACAGUGAGCAAAAUACUCAAGAGACAGCAGUCAACCUCGACCUGAUUGACGAGCUCAGAGAGGAGGCUCAGAUUCACGAGGAAGCUUGCAAACUUUGA